CGCAGGAAGACUCGCAAAACACAUUCAGGUAGGGACUCUGGAACUUCUCUGUGACAAUAGAUGUACAGCUGAUGCUUUCCUUAUAGCUCAUCGACAGACUAAUGGAAUGAUGACAUGAUAGAUGAUGAAUUCCAUAGACAGGUGAUUGAACAACGCUGAUCCAAAGUUAUGGCUGCAGAACUAUCAGUCGGUCCUCUGGAUCUGGCUCAGUCUGGCGGAUCUCCCAAAGAACAUUCUACCGAUCAGCCAAAGACAUGGGAUUUACUACGCCAAAACGUUCAAGAAAAACGGAAACUUUUAGUAGCUUUAGUGAGCCAUAUACCAACCUCUUUUUCAUUUCGUGUGGUAGAUACGCCAACAGGCAAAAAAACGAGACUUUAUUUCCUGGGUACGCCACAGAAAUGUAGAGAAAAUACACUUAUGUAUGCUGAUUUGCCAAAUGAAGUAAGGGAGGUAAUUCCCGUGCUGAACUGUAGAUCUUUAUUAGACUCGUUUCAACCGUCACUUCCAAGUGCACAGUUGUCUCGCGAGGAACAGUUGAUGAGGGAGAGAAAACGCCUUGGGAUUUUCGGAAUCACCUCCUACGACAUGGUGGAAGAUCAAGGAAAACUUGUAUUCCCAGCAUGCAACUCUCUUUUUGUGUGCAUGGAUCGUGAUGUUACGUCAGAUGAGCCGGUUCUUCCUCUAGCCAUCAACACCAGUUGUUCUCGGGCCAGACUUGAUCCAAAGAUUUGUCCUCGCAACUCCAACCUCAUCUCGUUUAUCCAUAGCAACGACCUUUGGGUCACCAAUCUCCAGACGGGGCAGGAAUGCAGACUUACAUUUGCACAUAAAGGGCUGAGUCGACUGACAGAUGACCCGAUGAGUGCAGGUGUACCCUGUUUUGUGGUUCAAGAGGAAUUUGACAGAUAUACCGGAUACUGGUGGGAGCCGAAGCCAAAACACUCUGAUGACUUUGAUCAGACGUCAUGUUACCGCAUCCUGUACGAGGAAAUUGACGAGAGCGGUGUGGAAAUAUUGAAUAUUUUUGCUCCAAUGACGGACACACAAGGGAUUGAUGAGUAUCGAUACCCCCGAGCUGGAACAGACAAUGCACAAACAUCUCUGAAACUUGUGGAGUUUGAAGUAGGAAGUGAUGGUCAGAUACAGGACAGUAUGAUGGAGAAGGAGCUUUAUGAACCCCUGUCCACGUUCUUCCCCUGGAUGGAGUAUCUGAUCCGUGCGGGAUGGACACCAGACUCCAAAUAUGUUUAUGUACAGAUCAUGAACAGACAGCAGACCCGCCUAGCGCUGGUGUUAAUACCAUUGGAGUGUUUCAUCCCGGUGACCUCUGACCCCGACAUGGAGCUAAACUAUUAUUACGAGUGCACCAACAAUUAUCCCCCCUUACAAGUUAUAUACGAGGACACCUCCGAUGUCUGGAUCAAUGUUCACGACAUCCUCCACUUCUUCCCACAAGAAAUUCCGGAAGAAAUUUCCUUCCUCUGGUCAACGGAACAGACUGGAUACCGUCACCUGUACAAGGUGACCUCUAAACUGCUAACCUGUGAUAACCCCUCUCCCCGCAGUGCCAUGGAGGUCAUAGAGAAUAACCAGGGCCAGCUUAAAGCUGACAUUGCUGAACAAGUGGCCUUGACCUGUGGACAGUGGGAAGUCCAAGCCAAACAGAUCUGGGUUGAUGAGAAGAGAAACCUUGUGUACUUUCUCGGCCAUAGACAUUCUGUGUUAGAAACUCAUUUAUAUGCUGUGUCGUAUUUGUCACCCAAAGAGCCGUACAGAUUGACAGAGCUUGGUUACUCCCACAGUGUCUCAUUUAGCUCUGAGUUGUCUUUAUUUGUGACGGUCUACAGCUCUGUACAACAGACACCCGUCAGUAGUGUCCACCGCGUCUGUCACCGUGACAACGGCCAGAUGUACACAGAGACUUUGGGAAUAGUCAUGCCUUCUGUAGCCUGCCCCGAGUAUCACCCCCCAGACCUGUUCAGCUACACUAGUGUUUGUGGACGGACGAUGCAUGGCCUAUACUAUAAACCUCACGACUUCCAGCCCGGUGUGAAGUACCCGACGGUACUGAUGGUAUACGGAGGCCCACAGGUCCAGCAGGUCACCAACUCAUUCAAGGGUCUCAGGUUCCUAAGACAUCACACACUGGCCUCACAGGGUUACGCUGUGGUCGUGAUUGAUGGUCGGGGCUCCAGUCAUCGAGGUCUGGACUUUGAGGCCCAUAUAAAGAAAAGAUUGGGUACGGUGGAGAUUGAGGACCAGGUAGAGGGACUACAGUGGCUCGCCUCACAGGUCGACUUUAUAGACAUGGACCGCGUAGCCAUUCAUGGCUGGUCCUACGGUGGAUAUCUAUCCCUCCUGGGGUUAGCACAGCGGCCAGAUGUAUUCAAGGUUGCUAUAGCGGGAGCCCCGGUAGUUGACUGGAAAUUGUACGACACAGGAUACACAGAGAGAUACUUAGACAUCCCAAAGAACAAUGUGACUGGCUACCAGAAAGGGGCAGUGCUGCACUACAUACCAAACUUCCCAGACGAAGAAAAUCGAUUGCUGGUGGUACACGGACUGAUAGAUGAAAAUGUUCACUUUCAGCACACGAGUACACUUAUCAACGCCUUAGUAAAGGCAUGCAAACCUUAUAGUCUCCAGGUGUACCCAAAUGAGCGACAUGGAAUCCGUAACCACGAGGCUGCUGAACACUACAAAACAAUGAUCCUGAGUUUCCUACAGAAUCAUUUAUAGCGCCAUCAUUACAGAGUUUCUCUGAAUAUAAAACUUAAUUUUCUGUACAAUACAGUACAUUGGAAUCUCUUAACCCUUUCACUCUAUGUAACUUUAGUAGACUCUACCAUGCAUUGAUAUGGAUGAGUCCAUUAUGGUCUACAGUGGUGAAAAGGUUAAGGCCAGAUAUUGGGUUUCUAAACAAACCAGUGUGCAAAUUUACCGCCCUUAAUCCAUGGCUAGGAUAAAUUUUGAAAGGCUAGUAUAAAAUACAGAUGCUUGGAGUGGUUUUAAUUGUAAAAUUAUAGAAUACAGACACUGGGUCAGUGGUGAAUGUUUUAUUAUUUCUCACUCUGACAAUGUCCAUUAUGACAUGCUACAUGAAUUGUCACUCUAAGGAUGUUCUUUUUACUGAAUCAUGUGUGGUGAAAUUAAAGGGAAGGGGGUGCUCUGUCAGAAAAUCUUAAGUUGUCAACAUAAGCCUGCUAAUAAGUCCUUAGUGGGUUUUUCGAACUGCAGUACCAGCACUCGGACACAAAUUUGUUUAAAAAUUCAGAUUUUACCAUUAUACUUUGAUUAACACCAUAUUGAUACAAUUUCUGUUCACUUUCGUGAAAAAUUUAAUAAAUUCCAUGCUAAGUAAUUUUGAUAAAUUAAAAGAAAAAUAACUUUAACUUAGAUUUCUACUCAAAUUAAAAUUAUUUCAUGCUCUUAAGGCAAUUGUGGGAUCUUAAGCAAUCCAAUAAGAUUGAAAUGAAAAUAAGGUAAUAAAUUUAUUUCAGACUUGAAAUGAAUUCAAUAAAAAAAUAAGCAGUUUAAAAAAUGAAUUUUCAGCUAUCUUAAUUUAAGGCUCAAUUGUAUUACAAUUCAAAUAUGACACAAAAAUAACGUUGCUCAUCUUGAAGUCAUUUUCACAUCUUUUGUACACAAAAUGUUUAUAAAAAGAACUUGACAUGUGUUGCUGUAUAUAUCUUUUUCAUAAUAUUAUACUAGAGGAGGAGAAAGAGGGAGACAGUUGUGUGGAUUUUGAUUAUUUUUAUUUUCCGUUGCUUUCGUUAAUACCACAUCCAUUGAUUCCUUGUCUGAUGUAUUUGUAUGUUGUAUUUACAUAUUGAUAGAAAUUAUUUGUUGAUGAAAUUAAAAUAGAUGUGUUAUGAAUUACUCAAUA